AUAAGAGGGGGCGGAUUCAUUGUCUGAGCAUAGAUAUAAAAAAGCUGAUAAAGCCGCUUGAAAUCGCUCAAUUUUAUGCUAAUAAACGUCAGCAUUCGUCACCUCAAGAUCCUACACCAGCUAUAAUUUAAUUUUAUAAAUUAAGAGUUCCAUCAGAGGAUAUACCCCUGUUUAUCAACAAGGAUAUCAAAUAAUUGAAUAAUGAUGCGUGCAAUAUUAUUUAUCUGCACUUCGUUGCUUAUACAGUUAGCAUCAAGUCAUGAUGAAGAUGUCCAUACAGUUCAGUAUAAUGAGGAAACAUUUCCAACUGAAGUACAGAAAAAAAAUCAUUUCAUCAUGUUCUACGCUCCAUGGUGCGGACACUGCCAAAGAUUGAGUCCAACAUGGGAAACACUCGCAGAAAUGUUAAAUGAAGAAGAGGACAGCCGAGUUAAAAUUGCUAAAGUUGAUUGUACGACUGAUAGCUCUAUUUGCUCUGAACAUGAUGUCACUGGUUAUCCUACUUUGAAAUUUUUCAAAGUCGGUGAAACUAAUGGUAUCAAAUUCCGUGGUACUAGGGAUUUACCAUCAUUGACAGCAUUUAUUAAUGAACAACUAGGAAGCAUACCUGCGGACGCUGAGUUGAACACAGCAGUACCAGACCCAGUGAACGGCUUAAUAGAAUUAACAGAUGCAACAUUUAAUGAUCAUGUAGCGAAAGGUUAUCACUUUAUAAAAUUCUAUGCGCCUUGGUGUGGACACUGCCAAAAAUUAGCUCCAACGUGGGACGAACUUGCUAACAGUAACAGUCAUGAUACAUUAGUAAGUAUUGGAAAGGUUGAUUGCACGCAGUAUCGCGAUAUUUGCGAGCAAUUUGACAUCAAAGGAUACCCGACAUUGCUGUGGAUUGAGAACGGAAAGAAAGUAGACAAGUACUCAGGUGCGCGUACUCACGAGGAACUGAAAGAGUACGUCGCUAAAAUGCUGCAAAAGAGUACCGACAAAGUUGACGAGAACGACGAUGCUGUCAACGACAACAUCCAGUCGGUAUUGAAUUUGACCGGGGAAACGUUUGAACACGGAAUUGAAAAAGGUGUCACGUUUAUUAAAUUCUUUGCACCCUGGUGUGGACACUGCAAGCGUCUAGCGCCGACAUGGGAAGACUUGGGUAAGAAAUUUAUUGAUAAUCCGGAUGUUCAUGUUGUUAAAGUUGACUGCACUUUGUCAACCAACAAGCAGUUGUGUGAUGAUCAAGAAGUUGAUGGUUUUCCUACACUUGUGUUGUACAAAAAUGGAAAAAAAGUUGAUGAGUACAACGGAUCUCGUACACUUGAUGAUCUCCAUGACUUUGUUGUCAAACAUUUACAGGCUCACGAUGAGCUGUAAUUUUAUUUAUUUUUUUAAAAUUUCAUUGUGAUUUUUAUUACAAGUUAACAUCAAAUAACUUCCCCAGUAAUGCAAAAUUAGACAGACGUGUGUGUGUGUGUGUUUUUUUAGUUACGCAUUAAUUCUAUCAUCAUAUGUAUGUAUGAGACUAUGGAUUUUUUUUUAGAACCUAGUUUCGUAUUAAAAAAAAAAAUUUUAAA